AAAAGCUUCAUUCAGCUGGAUUCCCAAGGAGUCUUACCCUGUCCCCGCAAAUAUUCGGACGGUGGAAUGCCAUUUCCGCGACCCUGAACCUGGCGACGUGGUUCCAUGGCGGGAUUGAACCGUAAAGGGGAGAUGGUUGGUUCUGCAACGGAAAUUCCCACACGGCAGAGGACCAUUGAAAGUGCGCAUGCUAGGUAAAAUUGGUGAUCUAUUACCAGCUUGCUGGAUUUAUUAUUGUGUGAUGUAGAAAGACCAGAAAACAGAGUCUUUUCAGAGUAUGUAAGUUGGUUGAUAUGAUUAUAGUAGAAUACCAUCAAAUGCAAGACGUUGCUACAUAACCUAUACGGAGGCACUUUCAUCUGGUCCAGUUGUCACAUCGUCCAGCUACUGUACUUUCCUCGCCCUUCAGUUUAUUUCUAAAAUAGUCAAAAGGCGCAUGGAGUGGCAUCCAAUUGCAGCUAAAGGCCGACCCCACCCUUGAAAUCCAGGUAUGAAAGCCCAGCUUGUCAUCCUUUCCCAUGAUCCUCCCCUUGCAAUCGAGACCCUUGCGCCAUUAGAGCUGAUGCGGCACUGCUUCAAAGCUCGUUGAAUGACCAAAUUCUCGGAAUUUAUCUCGAAUGGCCCCCCUUUCUAUCUUAAGCAUCGUCGUAUUUUCUUGACGUGCUUUCAGAUGUGAUCGAGAAAUGUACCCCGAACUCUGAUCAAGAGGAUGUACAGUACCAGAGAGCUGGAAUAUAUCCAAAUGCAACUUCGUCCUUCGCUAGGUACCUGGGGUUGAACGACAAAACCAAGUACCAGGGAAACGACGCAACAAACCUUUCUCCAAAUGACCAACCCUAUGCCACCGCCUGAGCUCCUGGGUGCUCCACCUGGAACCAUACCAAACCUUGUGAAUCCAGUUAAUCAGACUGAACUUUUCAUCGUUCUACAUUCAAUAUGCCUGGUGAUCAUAACGCUUGGUUUGGCAAUGCGAUUAUAUACUCGGAAAUUCAUUGUUAAGAGAUCGAAGGUCGACGAUUGUAAGCUUGCACUACUCUCGACCAAUAUCUCUACUAAUAUUUCCAGAUCUUUGCGUGUUUGCUUAUGUACGUGGUUGAGUGUUUCAAAUUGAAUUCUACAAUUGCUGACUGGGAAUCAGCUAUUAACGGGCUCUGGAACGGGUGUCAAUCUUCUGGGUAAGAACAAAACAACACCAAUAAAGGGGCUUUAUAUUUGAACAUCUGUUCUGACACAUUCACAGCAACUUUGGAAGGUAAUGGAACUCAUAUCUGGGACCUCGAUUGGGAGGGUGAUCAACUAAAAAGAAUCUUUCGUGCAAGUUGAUUUACCCAAAAAACUUUGGCUUUUCUCUGACAAAAUAAUAGCCUUUCUCCAUUGGAAUAUGGAUUUACAUUAUUACCGUCGCAGUCAUAAAACUAGCUUGUUUAUCAUUUUACAGAAAUAUCUUCAUGUCCAUUCGAAAAACUCUAAUGUUCGUCAAUGUCGGGAUCAUUGCGGUUUUGGUUCUGUACACCGUCAUGCUUUUUGCGCAGGUAUUUCAAUGCGUUCCAGUGGCUGUUUCCUGGGACAAUACGAUAGACGGCUAUUGCACCAAGGUUCAUUUUGUAACUUACUAUUCAGGAUUUGUCAAUACCUUUAGCGAUAUUUAUGUUUUGAUGCUACCAAUACCGGCAGUUUGGGCUUUACCCCUUGCACCGACACAGAAGCUCCAAAUUCUUUCCGUUUUUGCUCUUGGCCUCAUGUAA